UACAAAAUAGUAUAGGGAAGAUAAAAUUUACCUUUCACUUCAGCUGUGGUAAAGAACGGAGGUCGCUUGUAUUGAGCACCGGCUUUUAAAAAAGAUUUCUGCUGACACACUACAGAGCAACCUUUUUUCCUUUUCAAUACUUUUAAGACUUGGUUGGUUGGUUGCAAGUGGGCGCAAAUUUUCCACACACGAAGAAGAUUGGCUUGCUGUUUCUUUGAACAUUGUUUAUCAAACGUAAGAGAGAUUUGGAACCUGCUCGUCCACGUCUUUAACUCUGAUUACCCGUCUUAUAAUGGAGCAACCACUAGGUUUGCCGUCAACAAGCGGUGCACGAUCAGAUCAGUUCCAGAGGAACGUCUUUUUACUCAAGAAUGGUGACUUUGAAAUAAUCAAUGGCCAAGUGCACAUGCCAACUAAAAGCGAAAUAGCUACAAUAAGGACCAGGACAAAACAGUACCAAAAAGACGUAGAAUUUAAUGCAAGCAUGUCUGCCGACAUGGUAAAGAAGAAACUGGAAGAAAUGUUUCCAUACUUAAAAAACAAGGGAUUUUUUUUUGCAGCAAAAAGAAAUGUGGACAAUGAUACAGCACGGUUUGACUUCGACGGUUCACCCCGUCGGUGGAAUGGAAGAACCAUUAAGAAAAACAUUCAAGGCAAUUCCACCCUCUUUAUUCUAGAGAAUGAUCAGAUGGACACGUCUAGUGGAAUAUCUGCGAGCGAUUCUGAGUCUUCACAAGAUGACACAGAGAUGAUUUCAAUGUUACCAUGGUUAUGGAAUAACCUUCAUUUUGACGUUGAAUGUAAUCCAAAUUACAGUCCUUUGCAGGGAGGAGGUCCUUGCGUCUUUACCUUUACCCCUGAGCUUCACUCUGAAGUAAAGUCAGUUUAUGCUACGUUUGAAGGGUUAGGCACUCAAAAACUUGAGUUUUCGAAGCUUGGUUUCUUCCCAGCUUCAUCAGUACCUGCAGUGGUUAAUGUUACACUCAAAUCACAAGAAGGGAUUAUUUUAGGGAAGACUGAAGUAACAUAUGGGGCGAAUUUACUACAAGUAGUAUCUUCUCCACGUUUCCUGAAAAAAUUUUGUGAAGACUAUAUGAAUGGUAAUCAUACUGGUAAUAUAUCUGGAAACAGUGGAGAUGAAACAGAAAUUUCUAGAACUCUUGGAUGCAACGAACCGGUCCAGAUGUUAAGUCUGUUAGUCUAUGUAGCAGCAGAAAUUGGUGCUCAGCAAUUCAUUGACAUAAUCUUCAACUCUUCAGCGAGAAGAGUGGUACACAAUGCUUACAAAGGCAAUUUAACAUUGCCAGAAACUAUUGCCAGAGAUCAUGGCAACGAAGAGAUUGCAAAUUACCUUGAGGACGUGACCAAAAGAUUUUCUGAGGAGACUACGACUGAUAACGAAUGCUCUCAGACAAUUGAUUGGUCUGAACUCGUGAAAGCUGCUGAGGUAGCAGAAAAACAGUUUGGUAAGUAAACAACAU